GGGGGCCAGUGGUGGGUGGCGGCGGUGGGGACCCCCCAGUACAGUGCCACUGCGCUGCUGCAGGGAGGGACAGGCACAGAAGGAACCAUCACUGCUGCCGUGUCCCUGGCGGUGCUCACCAACACCCCAACACUCCGGGUCCGUGUGGGGUCCCCCACCCUCCUGCACUGUGCCUUCGCUGCCCCCCUGUCUCCCUUUAUCCUCGAGUGGCGUCACCAGAGCAGGGGUGCGGGUCGGAUCCUGCUGGCCUAUGACAGUUCCACCGCCCGCGCCUCCCACACCACCCCUGGGGCCGAACUGCUGCUGGGGACACGGGAUGGGGACGGGGUGACAGAGGUGACGCUGCGACUGGCGAGGCCAUCACCAGGGGAUGAGGGCACCUACAUCUGCUCCGUGUUCCUGCCCCACGGGCACACGCAGACGGUGCUGCAGCUCGACGUCUUUGAGCCCCCCAAGGUGACACUGUCCCCAAAGAACCUGGUGGUGACCCCAGGGACAUCAGCAGAGCUGCAGUGCCACGUGUCUGGCUUCUACCCCUUGGAUGUGACAGUGACAUGGCAGCGCCGCGCGGGGGGCUCAGGGCCAUCGCGAUCACCGGGGGGCACAGUGAUGGACAGCUGGACAUCGGGUCACCGCCAGGCUGCUGAUGGAACCUACAGCCGGACGGCGGCAGCACGGCUGAUCCCUGCACGUCCCCAACACCACGGGGACGUCUACAGCUGCGUUGUCACCCACACUGCACUGGCCAAACCAAUGCGCGUCUCCGUCCGACUGCUCCUGGCUGGGACUGAGGGGCCGCACCUGGAGGACAUCACAGGGCUCUUCUUGGUGGCUUUUAUCCUCUGUGGCCUCAUCCGUUGGCUCUACCCUACAGCUGCACGACCCGAAGAGGAAACCAAGAAAUCACAGUGACCUCCACUCCAGCUCUCAUCACCUCAGCUCCAGAUAAAGAGAUUUUCACCCCAAAA